AGGGAGGGAUAAGAGGAUUGGGGUGUGACCGAGGCAGGAAAGGAGGCAACUGUUGGUUACAGAACCUCCAACUAACUUGUUUGAAACAUGCUGCAGAGACUGUGUUUGAUGGCUUCUCAUGGUUACCCUCCAGGUCCAGGGCUUCUUUUACACCAAGAACUGGGCUUGCCCACCACCAAUAUGAAGGGCUAUCAAACAUUCUUGCCUUCUACUGUAGCAAAACCGGAUAUGAUCAGAUAUCAGUCUCCUUGUCUUAAGCCAAAUCCAUGUGAUGAGUCAAGGAAAUCCCAAAGUGAAUGGUUCGGGUACAAUCAGUUUGUCAAUGUUGACUUUUCAGCUCAAAGGCCCAUGCUUAGUGAUGUCCAAGCAACCUGCUCAAAUGCAGUACUUUUCAGCUUUGGCAUUGUUGAACAGUGUUCUAAGCAUGAUAAAAUUUCAAAGUUCUUAAUGUCCGGUACUGCUGAAAGAGGGAUAGAUGGAGCAAAUUUAUCCUUGUUAUCGGACUUGAUGAAUUUGCAGUUGUCAGGCAUUGAUGAAACUCAACAACCAGUGUCAUCUCUUAUAUACCCGAAUAGCAAAUUCUACAUCCAGAAGCCUUUGCUGGAUUUUGUUCAAGUUUCAGGCCUUACUUCAAAGAUUACAGUUCAUCCAGAUGGUCAAAUCACAUAUAUGGGUACUGAGAUUGAGCUGAAAGAUCUUCUUUUUGUGGUUGCUGAGUCAUACUUAUCAAAAAACACACAUAAGGGUGAAAAGCACUCUAUGCUUGUUCCACACUUCAGUAGGGUGAAUAUCAAUGAAGCAGAGGGCAGAAGUCAAUCCUCCAUAUUGAAUAUUCAAUCUACCUUAACUGCUCCUUUAAGGAGCAGUCCUGAGAAAGUCAAACUCAAGCCAUCACCAAAAAAGAACAAGAAACUAGGCAGGGAAAGGGAUCUCUACAAGAAGAACUAUGUACAUGCAUGUGAGAGCCUUCUGUCCUUGAUGGUUGACAAGAAGCAACGUCGGAAAACAGCAAUUCUUACAUUGAAGAAAUCUGGCACUGAGCUUCCUGAGCUCCUGACACAAUUUUCUGCUGGCAUUGCUGGGACUGGCCUUGCUGUCCUGCUAUCUGUAUUCUGUAAGCUAGCUUGUGGAAGGGUUCCCCUUUGUGCCUCUAACUUGUUCAACACUGGGUUCGGAUUUGGAUUGGUUUGGCUUUCUUGGGCAGUAAAUAAGCUAAGGGCCACAGUUGUCAAUAUCAGCAAGAAUGCAGAAAAGUUGGGUUUGAAAGAAGAGGAAAUUAUUCAGAAACUGGAUAAGAACAUAGGAGAUAUUUACUUUAGAGCUGCAGCAUUGCUAGUGGUGGCAGUGCUAAGGCUUGCUUGAGUAACAUCUCCAAAGAUGAAGUUUGAAGAACUGUAAAUGCCAUACCUAACUGGUAAUGUUCAAUUAUAUCUGGUUCCACUAUGAGAUCUUCAAGGCAAGAAGUUGGUCAACAAUCAGCUCCUGUAGUCAAUGUCCUAGUUUCUAUUAACCCAGCUUGGGAUUGUAGUUUGUACUAUAGAACUUUGCAAUGGAAUCAAUCAGCUGACUUUCUUUGUUACUUGACUGUUAAAGUUAAUAUACUGUAGAAAUUAGUAGUU